AUGUUUCUAUUCUUUCUUACUCUUAUAGAGCUAAAUUUAUUACAGCUAAAUUUUUGGAAAUUGUCAAGAAGUAUACACGGCUUUAGUGAUGUGAUGGUACCGUCAAGUUCAAUGGAAAAAGUUAUGAAAAUGCUUACUGAUGUUGACAUUAUGCCAAAAGUUACGAUUGAAAACGUUGAAAAACUAAUUAUUGAUCGAGAAAAUCGAAACAAUCUGUAUGACAGACGACUGAAGGACGACUUUCCAAAUGUGACCAAUUAUAACUUCUAUAAAUAUGGUUCCUAUCCACAGAUGGUUGCCUGGAUGAAGAAUUUGGCUCGUCAGUAUCCAUCAUUUGUGCAGUACAUUGAGAUUGGUAAAUCGCAUGAAGGUCGUAGUAUUGCCGGACUUGAAAUUGGUGGUGGCGAUAAAACAAAACGUGUUUUUUGGAUCGAUGGUGGAAUUCAUGCUCGUGAAUGGGCCGCACCACAUACGGCGCUGUAUUUUAUUCACCAACUAACAUCUAAGUAUGGUCGAGACCCAGAAAUAACCAACUAUGUGAACCGUCUGACCUGGGUUAUCGUUCCUUGUCUAAAUCCAGAUGGAUAUGAAUUUACACGUUCAUCCACUAAGCCAAACGUAAGUGCACAAAAGUAG